CUCGUCCCCGAGAAAGACUGUUUGCGCAGGACUGGGCGUUAUAGCUAAGGACGCCCAUUAUUAGCUAGCCAUAUCCUCACUAGUUCACUGGAGCUGUCCUUUCUUUUCACCUAAUAACCGGGGUUUUCUUCACGAACGCAUCACGACAACCAGUGCUCAUAUCGCUAACCGAUCGUUACUGGACGCCUCAACGUUAGCUCAUGGCUCAGCCUUACUAUGACGGACAUCCAUUAGAAGAGUAUUUGACAGAUUCGGGUGAAGCUCCCGAGCAAAUGCCUGGAAGCUGGCCACUUUUCUCAAUGCUCCAGCACUCAUUCACGGAGUCGCCAGUGGUCUUCAAGUACAGUGCCCAGGUAGAAAAAAUUUGUUUCAUUAUUUUUGGCGCGCUUCAGGUAUGUUUACUCUUCGUAGUCAUAAAACUGUUCCUGAGCCCGCUUAUAUCCUCGGUUGAUCAUCUUCAUUCACCCUCCUGUGAUACCAUGAAGUUCCUCAGCUCACUCUUCACUUCUGACCGGGUCUCGAAGCGCACACAAGCUUUCGCUGAGCGCUUCAAGUAUGGUGUUAUCACAUCAUCCCUCCUAUCCCCGGGUUUCGCGACUACCCCCGUCCCUCAUCCACACCGCCGUUCGUUUUCACCCCAAAUUCCUGGCAGACUCGCAAGCAAUCACAGCAGAAGUACCAGCGGGGCUGAAAGCACGGCGACUGGUCAAAUUUCUCUAACGAUACCCGCUGAACCUGAACCACAUGUAUGGCCCGUAACACUUUCCAUCACUCUUGCUGUUGCAGCGCUUAGCGCUCGAUUUUAUACCUUGUUUGUUCUGUUGCUCGUUAGCACACUGUAUUAUAUGCACGUUCAUCGAUUGGAUCUACACUCUAAACCUGACAUCAUCACACCUUCUCUGGAAGCACUCCAAAAUUUAAUCACAGCGGGCAAGGUCCUAGAAAAUGAAGAGCGAAGCAUCUUUCACGGACCAUCCUCCCCAAUAAUGACGUCUUCGUCACUUAGAGUGGCGCUAUCGACUUCCCUGCUCACGACUCAAACCCAAUGCGACAACGUUCGUCAACUGCUUUCAGCUAUUGUAUCUCCACCCGAGCUUGCGCAGCUUUCGGAGAUGUAUGCCCCGCCAUCACCUAUGAAACUCACGUUCUCUCUGAAUAGCGAUAAUCACCGGCCGCUUUCUCUGCCUGGAUCUCGGCAACAUGACAACAUGACUUCCGUCCGCGAUCACAAGAGGUCAACGUGGAAUGGGUCCUACUCUGCUCUUGCACAAGCAGGAAGUCCUAUCUCCCACAUUGCAAAGAGGAGAGAAAAGCGGAGAUCAGAUCUUAGCGCAUUACUUGGUGCUGCGUCACCAUCACGAAGAAGCAGUGUCAGCGCACCCACGAGCCCAUCAGCUAACCAACCGCUUCUUGAUGUGGUCGAGGAGGACGAUACUCACGCCGGGGCUUCGUUGCUACCAGAGGGCGAGGAUGCUUGCUUUGGAGCUACUGCUCUUGAUCUACGCCGACAGCAUCACAGUCAGGGAGUAACUCUGACUCGAGGCACCUUCCAACAAUGUCCCUCUGCCUCGAAAUACACGAGUAUGCAGACAAGCCGGCAUCCGCUCUCCUUUUCAUCUUUGAAGCAGUCACUUCAGAGCGCGCUUGCUUCGAAACGAUACGCAUGUUCUCAUUUAUUAGCUCUUCGUUUCGGAGAGGAUGAGGAUGAUGCUUACUGGGAGGACGUGCGUUCACUCAUGAGCCUCCUUAGGACAACAUUAGUCGAUGCCUCCUCGAGACUUACUGAGGUUCUGGACGAGGAGGAAGAACAGCAACAGCAAUUGAAAGACGCAGCUGUAUCAGACUUGUCAUCCGACGCACAAGUUACCUGUUCACUACCAUCGCCUCCAUUCCCCAUACGCCCUCUUUCGCAUUCGAUUUCCCAAAUCACGUCCUUUGCGCCACUACCCAGUGACCUUGCACGGUUUGCAGCCCACGUCGAUGCCAUUUCUUCCGCUCUCAACGAUGCACGAGAUCACCUCGAGCAAUGCGUGACCUCGCUGAAAGAAGAGACACCUUUCGGGCAUUUUGUACAGUUGUCGAUGUCCUCCAUUGAGGAACCUUCUAGUCACCCUGCUCUUCUGGCUUACGAACGUCUGCGGCGCGAGAUCGGUCUUGCCUUACGGGAGUGUGAACGUGGCCGGGAGAGGCUCACAAACAUCGUACUCCCGCCAAGCCCCUCCCCAGAGGAACCAGAUGACCUGCCCACCUUAGCUCUCGACAUGGGCAGCGACGACUCUGACAAGCCUGAGGAAGCAUCACCAGGCAUGGACGCGCAGAAUGAGGACAUCGGGCUAACAGUAAUCUCACCAUCCGGAGAAACGUUCGACGCAGAUGAUGCGUCGUCCCCUCUGCUACUCGCAGCGUCAUCGCAUCAUUUGCCUCCACCUGGCAUCGAGCAGGUGUUUGAGACUGAAACAGGGAAUUCACCGGCGUUUACGCGUGAGCGGUCGAAGAUGACGAGGGAGGAGCGGAUAAAGCUUGCAAAGGCACGGCGGGAGAGUGGGGGUGGGGUUGUUGGGACUGAUGAGCAUGCGCCCAAGAUUGAGCGGUGGGGGCCGGGUGGGGAGGUGGUGCAGGAGUUGAAAGAUGUGAUAUGGAAGGUGGGGGAGCGUCGUAGACGGAUGACGGAGGAGCAGUUGAGGAAUGCAGCGUCGUCGAUACCGGCGUCUAGUCAUGGGAGCAUGACGCCGAUAGAGAUUGUGCAGCAGGGUGGGGUAGGGUCGUAG